UUUCCUUUUCUUUCUUUCAAGUGGUAUCAGAAGUGACACACAACAUGUUCAAAUUUCCACAUAGUCUAAAGCAUAAAAAAUGAGCGCUCUCUCUACAUGAUUUGUUGAACUGAAAGACAAAAGCUAAGCCAUUAGGAAAAGCAACAAAUCCCUAUGAGCUUUAGUGCAAGAAAAGAAAAGCAUUCAAAGUAAGAUAUAGUGCUUCUCGUGUCAUCGCAUUCUCUACUUUUAGCUUAAUUAGUUACAAAGUUAAAAAGGAAAACCGCUGUUUUCUAAAAUCUAGCCAUAUCUAGUCUAAAAACAUAUUCUAGAAAAUUCAUCCAUGUUCUAAUCUCCAGCAUAGAAAUUUAUUCAAGAUCAGGUUUCCAAUAAACCAUGCAGCCAUAUUUGUAGUUUUCCACAUUAUCACGUUAUUGACAUUUACAAAAGAGUGGUGGCUCAUACUUUUCCACAGGAUCACAUGCCUUCUGAUAUGGUCCAACACUCACUCAACUAAGACUUAACAAAUCCAAUAACAGCGUUAACAAAGGAGAUCAUAAGCUAGAAGUAGAAAUGGAUUCCUCAAGAAUAUCACUCAGGCCAUUCAAACUUUCUGAUGCUGAUGACCUCUUGAUAUGGGCUAGCGACGACAAAGUAACCUCUUAUCUAAGAUGGCACACAAUCACCUCCAUUCAAGCAGCAUCAAAAUAUAUCCAAGAAGUUGCUAUUCCACAUCCAUGGCGUCGGUCCAUAUGCUUAGAUGACCGUUCCAUAGGUUAUAUAUCAGUUAGGCCAGAAUCCGGGAGCGAAAGGCACAAAGCUCGCAUUGGCUAUGCCAUUGGUUCUGAUUAUUGGGGACAAGGAAUUGUUACUAUGGCAAUAAAGAUGGCUAUCCCUAUUGUGUUCAGAGAUUUUCCCUAUUUGGUGAGGCUAGAAGCCUUGGUGGAGCCUGAAAAUGUAGGAUCUCAAAGGGUGCUAGAAAAGGUUGGUUUCAAGAAAGAGGGCUUUCUCAGGAAGUAUGGUUUUAACAAAGGUGAAAUUAGAGAUAUGUUCAUAUAUAGCUUCUUAUCAACUGAUGAAAUUCCUUGAAAACUAUAGCACAAAAGUGUUGCUUCUCAUAAUCUUCUAAAUUACUAUGAUUUGUACUAGUGUUAGGACAGGAAAAAACAGGUGUCAUGCAGAAGUUAGCAAGUAAACCUUGAUCAACGAUAAAUCAUACAACAAAAGAAAAAUAUAUCAAAAGAGACACAAGUAUUUAUCGUGGUUC